AUGGUAUUCGCAGAAAAUAAACGAUCAACUGAACCUUAUUCUUUUAUUCUUUUAAAGAAAUUAUGUUCAUUAACAAUUAUUAUUUUACUUUUAUACUAUUCUUACGAUCAACUUUCACAAUAUUAUAAAUCAAUUUCUAAACCCAAGAUCACUUUCCAUAAUUUAGAUAUAUUUGAUAAUAUUAAUAUUACUAUAGGAAUUUGUGGUCAAAUUGAAAAUUGUACUUACAACGAUAAAAAUAAAUGCAGGACAGCUAAUGACAUUCCUAUAGAAUAUGCGAGAUUCAAUUCUCCUGGUUGUUCUCGUUAUUCUCGUUAUACUUUUGACUAUGAAAGCGAGAUAAUUAUAGAAAUAAUUCCUAAUAUCACGUAUGUUUAUUUAGAUGGACUUGAAAUAGAUAAAUAUUAUAUAUCAGAUGAUGAGUUGAAUCUUAUAUAUAAUCCGGACGAACAAAUUACGGUCGUAUAUUAUUCACCUAUAAUAAUAAAACGAAUAUCAAGGAAGUAUGCGUAUGGUCUUGCAGGUGGAGAGGGAGAUGAAUAUGUAAGGUUUAAUGCACAUACGGAUAUAACAACUUUAACGACUCCAAAUAUAACGACGCUUGUAUUAAGACCAUUAUCAAUGAAUAUAUAUUAUCAAGAAGAAACUUAUUAUGAUCUUGGUUCGAUUACAUCGAGUAUUGGUGGAUUCUACACUUCUUUAUCUGGAAUCUUUGUAUUUUUAUUUGGAGCAUCUAAAUUAGCACCAUGGGGAUUUAUGCAAACACGUAUGUUUAAUUUCCUAUGUAUAAGAUAUCAAAGAAAACUUGUAAGGAAACUUAAAAGCAAAUAUGAAACAAUUCCAUUCGUUAGUGGAAGAAUUAAAAAUGUUACCUUGGAAGAACGUGUUCAAAGUAUCGAAAAUUUGCUUGAAGAAUAUUAUCUUAAUACGGAUUUUUUGAAAUUAUUAUUAGAAGAAAAUAAAGACAAUAGCUUCGAUGAUAAAGUCUAGAUUUUUACUUGCGACAUAAAUUUCUUGAAUAUCAUCUUAUUCACCUAUAGGACUAAUUAAUGCAUUAGUGUAUUAUUGGAUAAGCACUAUCUUAAAAUUCAAUAUUUACUUAAACGGUGUUUUAUAGGCUAUUGGACUAAUUUAAGUAUCAGUAAAUAUUGAAUAAUUGCCGAAUAACUAUUUAUUAUAGUUACUUGGAAUAAUAAACUUUACACAACUUAGAUAACGAGUUGUACUAAUAUAAAUUAUCAAAUAG